AUGACCAUAGUCUCAAAUGAUCCCUCUUGGUGGCCGGUCAUUGAAGAAAAUCGUUUUUCUAGCUAUUUUAUAGUCGCCGCCUUUGUUGCAGUGGUGUAUGACUGGGCCCUUACGUUUGGACAAGAGGUUGAAUUGGUCUGGAGGCAACGUUGGUCUCUGAUGACAUUUUUGUAUCUCGCGGCGCGCUACCUCGGAAUCUUAUCUGCUGCCCUGACCGUGCUUAGCACUCUUCCGACCAUCUCGCUGACAGAUACAGAUUGGAUAGGUGUUUUUGUAUUUGCGAUGCUGUGGGUCAUCAUCAUCACUCGGUUGCAUGCCAUGUAUCAAGGAUCCAGAAAGAUCCUGAUAUUUCUCAUUGCCACCUUCCUGGCUGUCAACAUUUUUGAUGGAGUGGUCGUCAUAAUGUCAACGAUGCAUGUGUCAGGGGAGCAAUAUAUUCUCUCCGGCACUUAUAUGUGCCAGUUCAACUUUCCAGAAGAUGCCUUACGUCUGGGUUCCAUUACUUGGAUACUCGCAACUGUGUGGGAGGUCCUCGCACUAUGUCUCGCAGUUUGGAUUGCUGUAAAACACUUCCGUGAGCUGCGACGUCAUUCGGCAGGAGGCAUUAUCGGGGACUGUUUCUCGGUGUUGAUCAAAACUCACAUGGCCUACUUUGCGAGCUUUGUUGCUGUUUCUUGCUUCACCCUCGUUAUUCAGUUAUCUCCAACAAUGUUAGCGGACGAAUAUUCCCUAGAAACUCAGACUCUUAAUGGCUUUGGUCAGAUUUCGACAGUCGUGCAGGCAUUUGUGCUGGGACCACGGCUGAUCCUUGGCGUUCGAGAAUACCACGCUAAGCUCGUGGCCAACUCCGACGCAGCAUCUCCUAUGACUUCUAUCGCUUUCCAGGAGCGCGUGCAUGUAUCGACUAACAGUAGUGUGUGA